ACGAUGAGGAUAACGGUGGCCGUCUUGUUUCUCCUCGGGAUUACCCUCCACGCCCGGGGUGAACCGAUCAAAACCUCGGAGGAGGAGAGAGACGAGGCGUUGCUCGACUGCGCGUUACAGGAGAACACGUUGGGAUGUCUGGGCGCGAGGCUUGCGAGAAGCAUGGAUCGAAUCGAGAUGCAAGUGACGGGGAAGAAGAGCGAGACACCGAUGAGCGUGGUGAUCGAGCAGGCUGGUAAUUUCGUGGCCGAACUCGUCGACGACAUUCAAAAUCCCGGAAGAGCGGAUCAGAUGGACGAAGCCGCGCAACUUGGUGAAGAACACGAGGAAGGACGUGGCAGGAGAAAGAAGAAGAAGAAGCAACUGCAAAAGCUGCUCGGUUUGGCAAUGUUGUUCAAAGCGAAGCUCAGCCUACUCCUUCAAUUGAUCUCGACUCACUUCCAGCUCAAAUUCUUCUUCAUCGCUAUAGCGACCCUCGUCAUCAACGCUACCAAAUUCUGGUUAGAUCUGAAGAACGCUAAACCGUCGAAAGUGAUCUAUUACGAGCACGCUCAACACCAGCAUCAUUACGAUCACGACGAUCACGAUCACAAUUAUUGGGGACGAUCCUCCUCCAACGAUUCUCCUCAAGAUUUGCCUUAUUCCGCCUACGCCCCGAAAAAUUGACAGAAAAUCAUCGAAAUUC